AUGAGAAAUUUGCAUUUUUGGUACCAUCCGUACAAGCAGCAAUUUGUUUGCUAUUCGCAGCAAUUUGUUCUGGUUCCUCACAUAUCAUUCAAUAUGCAGAAGAUGCUCUUGUAUAUGUUUUACGAUGUGAUCCGCAAAUUUUGUACCCUUAUAUGAAUACGGUGCAUAACCUUGUAACGGGUUCCAAUAAUGGCCAUGAAAAACGAAAUCCAUCACCAAGCAGCCUGGUUGCGCCACCUACAUCCGAAUCACCUCAUACGCCAUCUUUGACACCACCAAAUACAUCAACAGCAACAACAAUACCAGAAGUGUUAUCAUCGUUGGUAUGCUCUCAGCGUACUUCUCCGGAAAGCAGUAAUCAAGGCGUCGAUGAUGAUUCCGGUUUUAUCAGUGGUUUCUCAAGUCCAGCAACUGUUUUAAAUACUAGCAAG